AACUGGCUCCAAUGUGACAGUUCCAAGCGCUGUAUACUAAUGUGCUCUCUGCGGUGAAAGUGACCAGGCUUGGGCAGAUGCAGGCGGACGAAAUGGAGGUACCUAUUAAUAAUAUUAAUAACAGCAACAGGCAGAAGUCUCUUCCGAAAGUCAAAGAGCUGUUCAAGAAUCAGCGAAAGGAUUCGGAGGGCUCCAUGGAGUUGCCGACCCUGGAGUUUGAGUAUGGCGACACAGACAGCCUCACGGCUGAACUUUCCGAGCUCUACAGUUACACGGAGGAGCCGGAGUUCGGCCUCAACAGGGACUGCUUCGAAGAGGACUUCCGGAAGCAAGUGAAGGAGAAAAAAUGGAUAGAGCUGGGCCUGUCUGAGCAGAGGGCUUAUGUGAUGAGGCUGCUGGACUCGCUGGAGGUGACCAACCGGGAGAAGAGGCUGAAGGUGGCCCGCGCUGUCCUGUACCUGGCGCAAGGGGUGUUUGAUGAGUGCGACACGGAGACGGACGUCCUGCACUGGUCCCGGCACAACGUCUUCCUGCUGUACGACAUGGGCACCUUCACCGCCCUGCUGGAGCUGCUGAGCAUGGAGAUCGAUAAUAACCAGGCCUGCAGCAGUGCAGUAAGGAAACCCGCCAUCUCUCUAGCCGACAGCACUGAGCUCAGGGUCCUGCUCAGCAUCAUGUAUCUGAUGGUGGAGAUGAUCCGGGUGGAGACGGAGGACGACAGGUCGGAAUGGAGGACCGCCAGGGAGACUUUCAAGACUGAUCUGGGCUCACCGCUGUACAACGGAGAGCCCUUUGCCCUGAUGCUCUUCACCAUGGUGAACAAGUUCUGCAGCAUGAAUGCGCCGCACUUCCCCAUGAAAAAAGUGCUUCUGCUUCUCUGGAAAACCAUCCUGUUCACCCUGGGGGGCUUUGAGGACCUGCAGGAGAUGAAGGUUCGGGGGCGGGAGCGCCUGAGCCUGCCCCCCCUGCCGGAGGACAGCAUUAAGGUGGUGCGCAGCAUGAGGGCCGCCUCCCCCCCCGCCUCGGCCAUGGAGCUCAUCGAGCAGCAGCAGCAGCAGAAGAGGGGCCGCCGGAGUCGCAGGACGGCCUAUGUUGAUAGCUUGGAAGGAGACAGCCCCUUUCCCAGGAAGCAGCCGCUGGUGAAGCAGGACAGCCUGGACACCUACAACGAGCGCGACCCGUUCAAGAACGACGACGCGCGGGACGAGGAGGAGGACGCCGACGACGUGGACAGCGGGAUCGAGGGCGAGGUGGACCCCCUGGACCGGGACGUGAUAAUCCAGCCCCCGCCCCCUCUGCCCCCCCUGCGGCCCCCGACCGAGAGGCUGUCCUUCCCCAAGGGCCUGCCCUGGGCCCCCAAAGUCAGAGAGAAAGACAUCGAGCACUUUCUGGAGACCAGCAGGAACAAGUUCAUCGGAUUCACCCUGGGAAAUGACACAGAAACCUUGGUUGGUCUUCCAAGGCCUAUCCAUGAAAGUGUGAAGACCCUUAAACAGCACAAGUACAUCUCCUUGGCAGAGGUGCAGAUCAAGAGAGAGGAAACAUUGCAGCAGUGCCCCAUGACCAUGGGGGAAGAGGACGUGGAGGAGACGCCCACUGAGACGCUGUACGUGGGGAUGCUGCCCAACCUGUCCCAGUAUGUGAUAGCUCUGCUGAAGCUUCUGUUGGCUGCUGCUCCUACCUCCAAAGCCAAGACUGACUCCAUUAACAUCCUGGCGGACGUGCUGCCGGAGGAGAUGCCAAUCACGGUACUGCAGAGCAUGAAGCUGGGGAUCGAUGUGAACAGACACAAGGAGAUCAUCGUCAAGGCGAUCUCCGCCCUCCUACUGCUGCUGCUCAAGCACUUUAAACUCAACCACAUCUACCAGUUUGAGUAUGUCUCUCAGCAUCUGGUGUUUGCCAACUGCAUACCGCUCAUCCUCAAGUUCUUCAACCAGAAUAUCAUGUCCUACAUCAGUGCCAAAAACAGUAUUUGUGUUCUGGACUACCCUCACUGCGUGGUCCACGAGAUGCCCGAGCUGACGGCCGAGAGCCUGGAAGCUGGGGACAGUAACCAGUUCUGCUGGCGGAACCUCUUCUCCUGCAUCAACCUGCUGAGGAUCCUGAACAAGCUGACCAAGUGGAAACACUCCAGGACCAUGAUGCUGGUGGUCUUCAAAUCUGCUCCCAUCCUGAAGAGGGCGCUCAAGGUGAAGCAGGCAAUGAUGCAGCUGUACGUCCUCAAGCUCCUGAAGAUCCAGACCAAGUACCUGGGCCGUCAGUGGAGGAAGAGUAACAUGAAGACCAUGUCCGCCAUCUACCAGAAGGUGCGACAUCGUCUCAACGACGACUGGGCCUACGGCAACGAUAUCGACGCACGGCCUUGGGACUUCCAGGCCGAGGAGUGCGCGCUGCGAGAGAGCAUCGAGAAGUUCAACAGCCGCCGCUACGACAAGAACCAGAACAGCGACUUCGCCCCCGUGGACAACUGCCUGCAAAGCGUGCUGGGACAGCGCGUGGAGCUUCCGGAGGACUUCCACUUCAGCUACGAGAUGUGGCUGGAGAGGGAGGUGUUCUCCCAGCCCAUCCAGUGGGAGGAGCUAUUGCAGGCCCAAUGAGGAGUAAGUUGGGAGGCGGGACUAUCUCCCUAGGUACAGUAGGUACUGUUUAUGUGGGCGGGGCAACCAGCUGUUGCACAUCUGAAUCUAAGACCAGCAGUCCACAUGAACACCACACAACGUGUGCCUGCUACGCUUGUCCUCAUGUAUAUAACCAAUAUUUAUGCUGUAAAAAAGUUUUUACAUUUUUUUACUUUUUUUUGUACCAUCUUCCAUAAUGCCAAUAUGACAUAAAAAAAUACAUCAAAGUUAGAGUAUUCAUGUCUACGAUUUUACAGUAUCUUCAAUGGUUAGAUUAUCAAACAGCUCAGGCUUGUGUUUGUCCGACUGCCACGUGUAAAGAUGACUCUUGCGUCAGUCUCCCAGAACCAACCAGCACACUCGAUUAGUUCAAAAACAGGGACGGUUCUUAUUUUUUGUGCCAUUGCAUUUCACCUGUUAUUGACAUAAGCUGACAUACCUUUUUCAGGUAAAUAGUUCAUUCUGUUUAGUAAAGAAUGAUGGACGAACGACUUGAGGUUUAAGCGAGGUUUAAAGUACAUUGGUGGGCAGAUAAAUGAUCAUUAUUUUUCUUUUACUCACAGCUAGUGCCUGAGACUGCUGUGUGGGCUCUUCAUGAGAAUGUGAGGCACUGUAUACUAUAAUUGUUAUGAACCAUCCUACUGGAGCAAUUAAUUUCUGAAAGAUUUAUGUAAAUAGCUGUAAAUUGAAGUAAUUCGUAGUGGUUAUUUUUGUUUUAUAGUAUAGUACUUAUUUGAACCCAAUAUGCUCACUGUGCUUUUAGCGUUAAUGAUGACGCAUAAUGCCUAUUAGCAAUCGUAGUGCGAUUUGCCAUGGAAAAAUGAGUCAGCCGUUCACUGGAUUAGAAAUGCAUAUACUCUGUUGUUGAAAUUAGGUGCCAUUACUCUGAUAAAUAGCAGCGGCUCGUUUGGGUCACGGUCACCAGCUGCAUGUGUAAACAUUUACAGUGUUACAGUUAGCAUCAGCAUCAACGAAAUGAGCGUUAAGAAACGAGGCUUUUCAUUUCGGACAAUUCCCAAAAGUGAAAUUAGUCUUGAACUUAAUUUUGACUAUGACACGAAUGACAAUAAUUGACUUGCACACGCAAUAACUUUCCAUGCGGUAACAGCACACACAUUCUUGCCCGAGUAUUUAAAUGAAUCAGUCAUUCUCACAGCCCAAAGGUGCCUGGCUCGGUGAGGCGUUUGCCCCUAAAAUUGGAGGGCCUUUGACUUCGUUCCAAAGACUGAACUCAGUGCUUACCUGCCAUCUGGGGGAAAAUGAAGGGCCAUGUAACAGGGUUAUAUAACAAAACAAAACAAAAAAAAACAAAGAAAUCAGUGCACAUCAGAGGACUUUGUGUUUUAUGUUCUCUUUCCCAAGGACUGCUGUUCAGUGUCUCAAACCCAUUGCUCAGACAACAUCUCACAGCCGAGCGGAGUAAUAACACAUUAUGUGAGUUUGGACUCAACAGACGCAGGUGCCCUUGGUGAAUACCACUUCCCUCCUCGCCUGAAUACGGCUUAUUCAGGCACGGUUUGGUGCUGCUACAUCUUUUUUCUUUUUCUUUUUUUCCCCCUCUGUUUUUUUUUUUUUUAGAGAAAUGAAUGCAGUUCUGUGGAAAGCAGGUCAAAACCCAAGGCUGUGUAAUUAAACUCGGCAAGCAAAGACUUUCCAGAGAACAUUCUCCCAGGGUGUGAACAGAAUUUUCUCUAUUCAAUCCUCUUUUUUUUCUUUCUUUUUUUUUGUCAGGGCUUAGAACACACACGGCCCUGUACAUUCACCUCCCACUGAAUAGUUAUUAUAUAAUAUUAAUAUUAAAAGCUUUUGACAGAUGUUUUAAAUAUUAUUGCCAAAUUCUUUAUCCUGACUGCUUAACUGUGUGUGGGCGCUAGUUAAAAGGAUGCUCAGAAGGGUUUUAUGAGAAACUGAACCAAGGAAGAGCAUUCUGUAUGGUGUGUGAUUGUCAUGUCUUGCUAGACACUUUUGCUGUUUGAUUUGUUUGCAAAUAUUUUUUUUUCUACAAAUCUCUACAAAAUAAUUGCAAGAUAAGGUACUUUAAAUAAGGUACUUUAAAUAAUACAUUUAAGUUGAACUACUGCUAAUAUUUCAGAGAACAGUGGUUGGUACCCUCUAAAGUUUUUCUCCAACUUUGAAGACUGCCCAUUCUACUUUGGAAGCUAAUGUACCAGUUUUUAUAUUUUUUAGAAUUUUUCUGUACAGGGUACUUUGGGUAAAUGGAAAAAACUGUAACUGUUGUCUGUUGUACCAAAAAACUUUUUCAGAUUUUACUUUUACUUAAAAUGGUCAAAUUGCCGCACAAAGGCCAGACAGACUGUUGAAAUGUUUGGGGUUUUUUCCCCUAAAAGGUACCAAACGAUUUAUUUGACUGUUGAGUUCAAGCUGCAGAAAAUCCAUUUUCAGACAGUGCUGGAAGAAUAGAUUUUGAUGUGCAGAUGCCAUUAUAAUUGAUUAUUGAGGUCAUUAAUAUUAUACUGCCUUAGGAUAUCUGGUGUUGCCAUAACAAGAUUAUAAGAGUGUUGUCAUGAUGGGCCAAUCAGAACUGCCAUAUAGAUGGGUCUUUUAGCCAAUCAGAACUGAUGUAUAGUCUUAUGUGGCUCUAACAACACUCUUUCCUCUUGAAAGAGGCAGGUAACCACAAUGCCAGGUUCAUUUUAGAGGGAACGGUGCACAAAAUAUCACUUUUCCAGCACCAGCCACUCUUGUCAAGGCAAACCUUCUCAAGUAACGUUACUAGUGAGCUGGAUAUCCAAGGCUUUAAGGCAGUCCUAAAUACACUGUGCAUAUUGUGGCAAACUGUUGAUAUUUCACCGACAUUUAUAUUAUUAAAAACUCCUGCAUUUGGACGAAAAGGACGUACUAGUGGUUUUUGGUCGGUGAAAGCAGGGACACAGCCAAAGGCACAUAGUCAUUGAAUACUCCAAAAAGUUUGAAAAUACUUGGUUCAAAACAGGCAUUUUUUAUAAAACAUGAAAACGGAACAAAUUGCUUUUCAUAUCUUCUUCUGUUAUUGUAUAUUUCAUUUAAAAUGGGUGUUUUCCCACUUUGCCAUAAUAUACUGUGCUUUCACACAGAACAGGCUCAGAAAACUGCAAUGUAGGAAAAUUGUUGAAAGGAAUAAAUAAAACUUUACAGCAAUACUAACAGUUCAUUAUGUGAAAGUUGUCGUACACCUUGUCACUUAGGCAUGUGUGAAGCAGAAUUGUGAGUUAGUAAGUGUUAGAUCUCAUUUGAAUGUGAGCACUUAUCUGAAAUACAAAGCACAAGACUGCUCUGGGUAUUAUACCAGGAAUUAUUGGCACACUCCUUUUUGGAAACUGGCAAUAUUUUGAAAGGAUAUUUAUUUUGAUAUAUGCAAUAAAGUUACGAUCAAACGUGUUCAGGGCCAUAGUGCUGCAGAGAACCAAGAGGAGAGCAUUUGGUAUGGUGGGUUUUUCCUGUGUUUCAAAGUCUCACGGCAACUACAUUUAAUAAGCUGGGCACCAUAUAGGAUCUCUUAUGAACGUGUACUUCAUUAACUAGAGCACAAAUGGAACCCAUCUGCUUCCUCUCCCUCACUCUCUUCUACUUUUCCUCUCUCUCUCUCUAUUGCUUUGUCUCCAAAAAUGUGAUCUAUCCGGAUGACAGUGAUUAGUCCUGAUCAGAAAGUGAGUUUGCAAACAUAGGUGAGACUUGGGCAUGUCUGGUGCUAUUUUCCGAUUCUCUGACAGAGAUACGUUUGUUUUAAUAAUGUUUUGCAGUCUAUGGGAAUCUUUGCUUCCAGUGCCAAAAUAAUCCAAAUAAUAUAUUUUUUUUCUGUUGCUCUUUUUAACCCUCCAGCUUUAGAUUACCUUAUUCAGGGCUUGUUUAGAAGCAACAACAGGGUGUUUUUACAAUGUAUUAAACCUGUAAUUGUAUGGAUAUGUGACGUUUUAAAUAUGUUGUCGGCACAGUUAGUGUUUGCUCUAAAAUUUCUGCAUUGUGGAAAUAUUGCUGCCUUGUGUUUCUGCUGUAAUAAUCAAACAUGCAGCUUGGAAUUAUCGUGUCUGUGUAUAGAGUAGUUAUCUCUUUGUUUUUCAGGGUAAUGUGCAAUCACAAAUUUAGACAGAACAAUUCUGUUGAGAGAUGAAAAAAUGCAGAAGGUUUUCCUUUUAAAGAACUUCAAAUAAAGAGUUAAAUGUUUUAGAUAACAAUUGA